AUGUCCAUGGGCAUGCUGUCGUCCACUGCUUCGCUCCGUUCCAGCAUCUUGAGAGCCCUUGAGGAGAAUGGCAGAAAGUACCACGGCUACAAAGACGGCAAAUAUGUACUGCCCAUCGAUGAGCAAGAACUAGAACGACAAGAGAGCCAGUAUUAUCUAUGCCUGGAGACCUUCGAGAAGAAGCUAUACUUUGCGCCUGCAGAACGAGCACACCGGGUGCUGGAUGCCGGAUGCGGCAUCGGUGAGUAG